CAAACAGUGAGGUAACCAUCUCAGACCAUGCUCAUUACUAAGUAGUGUGUCUCACACUCUACUCACCGGUACGGUCAACUCCCACUUUGUGAUUACUUUCAUUUGAAGGUCCAAAUCGUUGCCUCUGCUCGUCAGUUUUCACCGUUAUAUACAUUGCAACGGCAUUCACCAUGCCGCUGGUUUCAAGUAUGGCGAGCAAAAAUUAUGAUUACGACUACGAUUCUUAUCAGCCCUACUUCUAUUUCAAUAACGAAGAUGAGGAUUUUUACUCUCAGCAACAUGGUCAGCUACAGCCGCCGGCACCGAGUGAGGAUAUAUGGAAGAAAUUUGAGUUGUUACCGACUCCACCACUCUCUCCAAGCCGGCGACCUUCUAUCUCAAACCCAUUUCCUUCCACGGCAGAUCAGUUGGAGAUGGUAACAGAAUUUCUUGGAGACGACGUGGUCAACCACAGUUUCAUUUGCGAUUCGGACUCUUCUCAGUCGUUCUUGGAGUCUAUUAUAAUACAGGAUUGUAUGUGGAGCGGGUUUUCUGCAGCAGCCAAGCUUGAGAAAGUGGUUUCAGAGAGACUUGCUUCGCUUCAUGCAGCACGAAGGGAGUCUGUCAAAAGCGAAUGUUCAGAGAGCAGUUCCAGGCGAAGCAGUACAAACGACGGCUACCUGCAGGACAUUAAUACCACUGCCACGGAGUGCAUUGAUCCAUCUGUUGUGUUUCCUUACUCUCUGACGGACAGCUCCAAGCCUACCAAAUCAUCCUCACUGGUUUCAGCACUGCUGCCUUUGGAUACUCCACCAAACAGUGGAAGUAGCAGCAGUAGUGAUAGUGAUUCUGACGAAGAGGAGGAGGAGGAGGAAGAUGAGGAGAUUGAUGUGGUCACAGUGGAAAAAAGGAAAUCUGUGAGGAAGUCUGACUCAAGUACGACGCAUCACAGCCCCGUGGUCCUGAAACGAUGCCAUGUCAACAUUCACCAGCAUAAUUACGCUGCCCAGCCAUCCACCCGAAACGACCAGCCUGCAGUCAAGAGGAUUAAGUUCGAGAGCACUGGCAGGGUGCUUAAACAAAUUAGCCACAACCGAAAAUGCGUUAGUCCCAGAACGUCAGACUCUGAGGACUACGAUAAAAGGAGGACUCACAACGUCCUUGAGCGGCAACGAAGGAACGAGCUCAAGCUGAGUUUCUUCGCGUUGCGAGAUGAAAUACCAGACGUAGCGAAAAAUGAAAAGGCUGCCAAAGUGCUCAUACUUAAAAAGGCUACAGAGUGCAUCUUAAAUAUGCAAACGGAAGAGCAAAAACUCCUCUCGUUGAAGGAACAGCUGAGUCGAAGAUGUGAACAUUUGAAACAGAGACUCGAACAAUUGAGGAACUCUCAAUAAAUUUAAAGAUGGACUGAUCAUGUUUUAAAAUCUUUGGGGGGGAAAAAAACAGUUAUGAUUAGUUGUGGUUCACUCAGAUGAUUCAAGAGCUCAUGGAGCUAUGACGUGUUGACCUAGCUGGAAUCUGUUGUUGAUUUAAACAAUGACACUGCCGAAGCGGAGCAUUAAUGGACAUUAUGAAAUAGGUUUAUUUGUAUUUAAUUUUAUUUUUAGUAAUAAUGGUCAGCAGUCCCAUUGCUGUUGGUCUUAACUUAAAUGUUUGUUUUUCUAUGUUUUGUACAUAUUUGCUCAGAUGUAUGCAAGAUGCUGUAUUGAUUUAUGAAUCAUAAAUGCAUUUCUUUAUAAAAUCUUGUGUUUGACUAA